AUGACCAACACCCUGGGAUCUUUGGCCGAGUUCUGCCCAGGCUCUGGCAAUAUCGAAGUCUACCUGGAAAGGUUCGACCUGUAUGCAACCGCCAAUGGAAUAGACUCAAGUAAGAAGUUGCAAGUCUUCUUAACAAUCCUGGGUGAAAAGGCUUACGUGACUCUCCGUAGCCUGCUGCUGCCGAAGAAACCAACGGAAGUCAAGUACGAAGAAACUACAGAAGCUCUCCGAAAGCACUAUGCUCCAAAACGGUCAGUGGUUACGGAACGGUAUCGCUUCUACCAGCGAAAGCAAGAGCCGGACGAAAGCCUAAAACAGUUCAUCGUCGAGCUGAAAAGACUGGCUGCAACGUGCUCGUUUGGAAGCUUUUUGGAAGAAGCGCUCCGGGAUCGACUGAUUGCUGGACUCAGGACGGAUUCGAUUCGAUGCCGUCUCCUUGCCUUGUCAGACGACGAAGUCACCUGGGAGCGAGUAUGCGAAAUUGCCACCGCCUUGGAAACGGCCCAGAAAGACACCCGAGAAAUGCUACCGGAGGGGUCAACCGCCAGUCCUGCCGACGUUUACUGGUAUCGGGAGCCCACCACGCAAGGCAGGCGACACGCGACGAAGACCGCUAGCAGCGAGCAGCGCGCCCCCUAA